AUGGAGCCGAGCGGGGCCCCCGAGGAAGGGCCGGAGGCGCCGCUUCCCCUGCAGGCGCCCUGCAGCUUCGGCUCCGCGCUCUGCUUCAGCUCGUCCGGCGGCGGCGGCGGCGGCGGCGAUGGCGAUGAUGCCCAGGCGCCGCGUCCGGAGCUCGAGGCCGCCUCUCCUUCCUCCUCGUCGUCGGGCAGCGGCGUGGUGAAGCACCAGUGGGACCUGAACAGCGCGGCGGCCGAGUCGGAGGAAGAGGAGGAGGAGGAGGAGGAGGGCGGCAGCCGCGGCAAACCCUCGCCGGUCUCUGCGGGCAGCCCCGACUCCGACGCGCCCGGCGAGGCGGCCCCGCUCCGGCCUUUCCCCUCGCCGGCGGCGGCGGCGGCGUCUUCCGAGGAGCCGGACCUGGUGAUCGAGGUGUGCGGGCGUCGCGUGCGGGCGCACAAGGCGGCGCUGGCGGCCAAGAGCGACUAUUUCCGCGCGCGAUCCUCGCGGGACGUGCUGCGCCUGAAGGGCGUGAGCCUGGCGGCGCUGCGGCUGCUGCUGGAGUACGUGUACACGGCGCGCAUGGCCGAGGUGCGGCACGACAACCUGGCCGAGGUGGUGAGCGGGGCGCGCGUGCUGCAGAUGCCCUGCGCCCUGCACUGCGCCGCCGAGGCCAUGCGCGCCCAGCUCAGCCUGGCCAACUGCUACCAGCUGCUCUGCCUGGCCAAGAAGCAGCGCCUGGCCGAGCUGCGCGAAGCCGCCUUCCGCUUCAUGAGCGACCACUACCUGCAGGUGCUGCGCGAGCCCGCCGUCUACGGCCGCCUGAGCGGGGCCGAGCGGGAGCUCAUCCUGCGCCGACGCCUGGAGGCCGGCCGGGCCUGCCUGCUGGUGGCCGAG